GCUUUGACUAUAUACUUCUUUUGUCUACAGGCUAUAACCUUUGCACAUUUUCCUGCUUGCUUGCUAUGGACCAUAUGUUGCGAUUGGAAAUGAUUCAAUUGAAUUACUCUUGAAAUUGAUCCUUAAAUUUUCUAUUCAAUGGCUCGGAAGGGUAAUCAUCAGAAAACAGGGUCAGAGCGCCAUGCAUCAAACAGUAAAAAGAAAGGUUCAGACUUGCAGUCCAAGGUGCAAGGAAGAGUACAAGAGAUAAAGGUACGUUCUGGAGAGGAACUGCCAAAUGACAACCACUAUAGCAGAUCCAUUGAAGAAGGCAUGGUGAAUAGUGACACUGGAGAGGGUAUAAAGAAUGUAAAAAAUUCUGCAAAGUCUUUGAGAAAAGAAAAACAAGGAAUGGAAGGACUCCAUACUCCAGACGAGCCAACAUUUCCCUCCAAAGAAUUUGAAAACUGCAAUGGAGAUAAUGAGGGUUCUAGAAUAGGAGAACGAUACAAGGGGUCUACUGGUGAUAGGGAGCGGGUACAUUUAGAUUGUAGCUAUAGAGAACGCAUCAGAAAUGUGGUGGACAAUAUAAAAUUUUCAGAUAAUAUUUUGGUGAAAAGUUUUGUGGAAUUUUUGUCAUCAACAUUUGAAGCAGCCCAUGUGUUUCUGGAGAAACAGAGACCUCUGUUUAAUUCUAUGAAGAAAAGUUUACUGAAUACAAGUGACUGUGUUGGAAAGAAGAUUAAGAAGGCAUAUCCCAUUGUUCUGAAGUGGAUGGUGCAUUUUGGUAACAUAAUGCUUCUCAUAUCAAUUGUAUGGUUGGACUGUGCCUUUAGGGGCAUUGAUUCCUUUAUACGUAUGGGGACAACAUCCUUCUUUUCAGUUAUAUGGUUCUCCAUUCUUUCAACUAUUGCAAUGGUUGGACUUCUUAAAUUCCUUGUGGUCUUGGUAAGCUAUUGCAAUACUCUUGCAUAG